UCCAUCUUUCCCCUUUCAACCCAAAGAAGACGAAGAGGCGUAAAUUUCCGGGUUUCAAACAGUUACAAUCGCAACGAACAUAACAAACAACUGCGUGAUCCUUUUACUGUGGGCAAACUUCUGGUAUGGAGUCCCACUCCCCAAUUCCCCCCAUCAAUGAGCGGGUGGGGCACCUCCGUCCCUCCAAGGAAUAUUUGGAGGGCUACAAGAAGAAGAUUGCCCAUUUUGAUGGAGAGCAUGGGCAGCUGCUGAAGAUACUGGAGAAGUACAAGAGCAUCAUAGAGGACCAGCAUAAGCUACAGAGUGACUUGCAGCAGCGUGAAGGAGAGAUUGCAGAACUUAAGAAUGCGUUGAGUGACAUGGAGGUGUACCUCUUCCAAGAAAAAGAACAGUCACUGCGGCUUAAUGCGGAAAAUGACAGACUAAAAAUCAGAGAGCUGGAGGACAGAAAAAAAAUCCAGCACCUUCUUUUGCUGGUGGGUGCUGAUGAUGGAGAGACAACAUAUUUUCUGCGGGAGCCUCCUCACAAGGUGGUGAUCAAACAGAAGAUGCAGCAGUCGGGGGAAAAUUUAAAUCUCAGGCCAACAAAGUUAAAACCCAACGUAACCAGAAAAGUGGGCAUCAAGAAAGGAAACCUCACAGAUUUGGAAACUAGCCAUAUUUUAGAAAAAUAUAAGACGCACAACCAUACUUUAAUACUACAGGUGGAAGUGCUGCAUGCCCAGAUGGAGGAACAAACCCGACUAGCCAGAGAACAGGUUGAUUCACUCCAGGAGGACCGAAAGAUGAAAAUACAGGAGGCACUGGCCGAAAGGCAGAGAUUUGAGUCCCACAUCAAAACUUUGACAGAAAAGCUACAGCGAGCCCAGAACCUGCUCUACGAGAGCACCAAAGAUUAUUUAAAACUCAAAUAUGAAACAAAGACUCAAGAGAGAAAAUGGAUGAUGGAGAGGGACCGCCUCCUCUGGGAUUUGAACGGUCCAAGAAAAUCUAUGUCUAUUAGUAUGCCACGGCAAGCCGCUAGCGGCGACAAUACUCAAACUGACUUCAGGCAGAAAUAUAAGGAGGACACGAAGGCAAUGCAGGAGGAGGUAAAGCAAGCCAACCGUUUGGCAGAGAUGUACAGGGAACAGUGUGUCAAACUGGAAUCAGAACUGGCCCAAACCAGAGAGGAGACCGAGGCUGGGCAACACAUUUUUAAGGAUCGUGCGGAAAAAUUGUCCGAACGUCUUAAACUGACGACUCAGCGUCAUGAAGCACUGGCGAAGAGGAGGACCUUGGAGGCAGAGGGCUUCAAGACAGACCUCAGACAACUUAGACAAAAACUCAAAGAUGUCGAAAAACAGCUUGUUCAGGUAUUGUCUAGUGUUGGGCCCAACCAGGAUUUAGUUAUGCUGCAAGAGGUCCGAGAGAGCAAUACGCGGACCAAGAAGGUCCAGAGUGAUCUGAUGACAUUAAAGGCCAAGAUUUAUGGCCUAGAAAAUGAGCUAAGAUUUUGCUGAGGAGUGGCUCACAUUGUUUUUUUAUUGAUACCUUAAACAACUUUAUGAGCCUUACGCAAGUGAUGUGCUUUGUACUGUUUAUUAGUACAACUUAUUUUGUGCCAAUAAAUGUUUUUUAAUUCAU